AUGGCGAUACGAAACUGGGGAGAAUUUCCCUUAGAUGUAGCCAUUGAAAUCGCCGACAAAAUAGAAUUCUUUGAAGAUGUUGAGGCCUUUGCUGGGGUUUGUACUUGUUGGAGACGUGCAGCAAAGCUUGCUGAACGAUCAUCAUCAUCUCGUCAAAAGCCAUGGUUGAUGCUGGCGGAACCGCCUCGCACUUCAUACCGUCGGUUUUAUAGCCUCUAUAAUUCCAAGGUUCGGCAAGUGGACUUGGCCGCACCAUCAACUACACGACAUCGUACCGCCUUGGGCUCUUCAAGCCUACUAUUUCCACCAAAGGAGUACAAGAAGGAGAGCGUCUGGAGGUACUUCUCUUCUUGUGGAUGGCUUAUUUGCGUAACCCAAAUUGGUCUGGACAUAAUUCUCAUGCACCCGCUUUCAGGCCAAAAAAUUCAAACUCCUGCAUUACCUGUAACCAUAUUGCAGACUAAGGUAAACCUUAAAUGGCAUGAUCGACUAUACUUGCACAUAUUCCACAAAUUCGCGCUAUCAGAAAGUCCAUCAACUACACGAGACUACACUAUGGCAAUGAUUAUAUCUAGCACUCUAGCUUUCUGGGGGAGCGGUAAUGACAAUUGGUGGACGACUCCAAAUGAGAGUUAUCAGACUGAAUUCAAGGAUGUCAUUUUUUAUAAGGGAGAAUUCUAUGCCAUCCGCUUUGCUGGGGAUAUUAGGCAUGUACAGGUUGUUGCUUGCGGGAAUACAAGCCCUUGCACUCCUAGGUUAGUUGUUGAGUUGGGUUGUUACGAAGACAGUUAUUCUGACAAAUUCUACUUGGUAGAAUCUGUUGGUAUGUUGCUGCUCGUCUCUCGUAAGGUGGCCAAGUCCUUUAAUAAGCACGAACAGGAAUAUGCCUACAAGACUGCGUCCUUCAAGGUAUGGGAGGUGAAUGUCAUCGACGGGAUACUAACACAGGUGAACAGCUUGGGUAAUAGAGCCCUUUUUGUUGGGUUUACCUCUUCUUUCUCCGUGGAAUCAUCUUUUGGUAAAUUUUGGAACAAAUACUAUGAUAUGGCUGAUUGUAUUUACUACACAGAUGAUUUGUUGGAAUUGUAUUAUCUAUCUGAAGGUGGGCAUGAUAUUGGUGUUUAUAAUUUGAUAUCUGGCAAAAAUACUACGGACCACUACCAAGGUUUUUCGCGUUUCAGCGUUGUUACACCACCCUUGUGGGUCGAGACACCAAGGUUGUUUACUGCUAGUACGGUGUAA